AAACAACCCUAGGACAUUUCACAACGUUGAUUUGGCAUACGUCAGCAAUCCAUUACGUGGCACCCGGUAUUACAAAAACUCUCUCUCUUUCUCUCUAAGCCACCGUCAACAGGUUCAACGUUCGAAAGGCCUUAGGGUUUAUGCAUACAGGUGCGAAUUUUUUUUUGCUUGAAUACACAUAUAGACAUGUGUAACUCGAUUCGAAUGUGCUUACCAAUUAUAUAUCCAAAAACAACAAAUUCGUUGUGUUUUUCACCUGAUUUUCUUGGGUGUUUUCACUACUUCUCAAAUUCUUCCAAAAUUGUUACUUUAGCGUCGAAUUCAAUCAUUUCUUCAAAGAAAAUCGGGUUAUUUGGAGGCCAUAUCAAGGCUUUGACUAAUUAUAGCGGCGAAGGGUCUGUUCAAGGGCUCGAUUCUUCCCCGGUUUCGGUGGAGCUUGAACCCAUUUCGAAUGAAAGCCAGUUUGAUCGGAUUAUUGCUGAGGCGCAACAGCUUGAAGAUGCGGUUAUAAUUUUAUGGAUGGCAAGCUGGUGCAGGAAAUGUAUAUAUUUGAAACCAAAAUUGGAAAAAUUGGCAGCUGAUUAUCAUCCAAGAAUACAAUUUUUUUGUGUUGAUGUCAAUAAUGUCCCACACAAGCUCGUGGUUCGUGCAGGAGUCAUUAAAAUGCCGACCAUACAGCUGUGGAAGGAUAGCAAGAAACAGGCUGAAGUGAUUGGUGGUAGCAAAGCAUAUUUGGUGGUUAAUGAGGUUCGGGAAAUGAUUGAAAAUGAGUGUACAGUGUAAUAUUAUUUGGCUGGCAUUUUUUGAAAGUCUUUGCUUUUUUUUCCCCACAAAGUUAUACUAAAUUGUAAUAGAGAAAAAUAAACACUGCUUUGUGUUCUCAUCCCAGGCCAGAAAUCUCAACAUUUGUUGUUCUUUUUCAGAUUUUUGGAUCUUUCUUGCUAUUAUGUAUGAGUUCAUCUUUUU